AUGUUUGUUCUCGGACCACGUAUUUGUGUUGAAGAUUCAGAUGAUGAAGACAAUUUUGAAAUUGGAUCUGAUGGUGUAGUAAUCCAGAAAAGAAGAGAAGAAUGCGAAAGAAAAGCAAGAAGGGGGGAAAUGGAUCCCCGAUUGGAAUUUACUUUCCAAUUAUUGAUAGAUGCAACUGGAUUACCUAGGAAUGAAAUUAUGGAUAAUGUUUUUGAAUGUAAUAUGUUGGAUGAAAUAAAUCAAUUAUUUCUUCCACACAUGAGAAAUAAGUUGAUAUGGUUUUAUCAAGAAAUUGAAGAACAAGAACCACCUCAACCUUUGGAUAUGAUGAAAACAGGAUCAUCUCGUGGUGUGUUGGGUCUUUUAGCAGCUGUACAAUCUAAACCUGCAGUACCACCAAAAAAAAAAUUGUUUUUAACUGAUGGUUGGAGUGUACCAUUGACUGGAAUUUGUAUUUACAUGUUUCGAUUAAACACUGGUAAACAAUUACCAGAAGAAGGUUUUCACAAAGAUCUUUUUUGUGGUGUUAUCGAUGCUAAAAAAAUUGGAUUGGUAACAACUGUUGAAAGAAUUAUGGAACAUGUUUUUAUGGAGGCAUUAGCACACCCUUCACCCGAUGGAGAUGAAGAAGAUAGUAAUUGUCCGAUGGUAAAAAAUUCUUUAUUGCCCGGCCUUCGAUCAUUUUGUAGUGCACUUAAAGUGUGCGAAGAAGUUUGCGAUGAAGAAAAUUUAUUUGAAGAUGGUAAAAUUUUAAUGUCGGGCGUAACAUCCGAUGAAGAAGGAAGAAUAAUGGCUUUAAAACCAGAUAUGGUAACACAACUUGAAGAAAGAGUUAAAAAUUGGAUGAAAAAAGUUUCGGAUGUUUUAAUGGAAAGUACACAACUUAGAAAAGAAAGUGAUUCAGGAGGACCUCAAGAUGAGCUUGAAUAUUGGAAAAAAAGAGGAGCAAGAUUUUCUCAAAUUGUUGCACAGUUGCAAGCUCACGAAGUGAAAAUGUCUUUGCUUGUUCUUAAUUUAGCACAUUCGAAAUCGAUAAAAUUAUGGCGGGAAACGGAUAAAAAAAUAACUUAUUGUUACAACGAAGCUCGAAACAAUGCAAAAUUUAUUCAAGCCAUGGAAAAAUGUUGUCACUCAUUAUACCUUCAUGAUCCGGUGAGAAUGAAAGAUACAAUAUUGAGCCUGUUACAAACUGUUCGUCUCAUACACAGUGUUUCACAAUUUUAUAACACAUCAGAAAGAAUUUCAUCUCUCAUGGUAAAGAUCACGAAUCAAAUGAUUGAAACGUGCAAACAGUACAUAACAAACAGAGGAAACGAAACAAUAUGGAGUCAAGCAAGAAACGACGUACGUCAAAAACUUCAACAUUGCAUUCGUUUAAAUAAAGUUUAUAGAUCGACAUACGAAAAUGUAAAAGCUCAACCGUUUAUUCCAAAUCAAAUAGCUUUUAAUUUUUCGGAAAAUUACGUUUUUGGAAAAUUUAACGGUUUCUGCGAUAGAUUAAGUAAAAUAAUUAGCAUGUUUAAUUUUAUUGAUGAUUAUAAUUAUCUAUUGGAGAGAAGAAUGGAAGGCCUUCUUCUCGGCGAAGAUUUAGAAAAAGCUAUAAGUACAUUUAACGAAGCAAAAAAAGGAAUUUGUUCUAGAACUUAUGAUUAUUUAGAUCAGCGAAAUUUAGAAUUUAAUUCUGAUUUAGAUAUUUUUAUCGAUAAGAUUAAUGAACUUAAAGGAAAUAUAGCAACUCUUAUAGAAGAAAGUUUUUAUAGCGUUUGGGAAACGCCACACGGAAUAAAAUAUUUAAUUCGAUUUGAAAAGGUCAGCGUUAAAAUUCCUUUGACGAAAUUAGAUGAAAAAUACGAAAGAGUUUUAAAAUAUAGCGAAAAAGAAAUUGAUAAUAUAAUGAAACGUUUUCGUAAAGAAAAAGAUAAUCCUCCAUUACCGAGACAUUUUCCACCGAUAUCCGGUAGGAUAAAAUGGAUAAGAUCACUUCAAGCGAGCGUCGAAGAAUUAGCUAAAAAUGUAUCAUCCCAUUCUGUGCUUAAAAGUUUACCACAGGCAUCCGAAGUUUUAAGAAAAUAUAACAGCGCAACAAAUAUAUUUAAAACUUAUGAGGAAGAUAUAAAAAAAAUAUGGAUCACUCAAGAGGUUUGGGUUAUUGAUGAUUGUUUACAAAAACGUUUACUGGGAAUCGAUCCAGAAUCUGGAAAACUUCAAGUAAAUUUAGAUUUUAGAAUUAAAACAUUAAUCAGAGAAGCUGAUUGUUUGAUGAAAAUGAAUAUACCUAUACCGCCGGUAACAUUAACUUUACUUUCUAAAAAAGAAUAUUUUACUUUAGUGAGUGAUUCUUUGCAGCAACUUAUAAAUAAUUUUCUUACGACGGUACGAAAAGUAAAAUUAGAAGUUCGACCGUUAUUUUUACCACAAUUGGUAAGAUUGACAAACAUGUUAGCUCCUGGAUUGAAUGAAAUAUCAUGGUCUAAUCCUCAAUGGAUAAAUUUUAUUAAAAAAACAGUGGAAGCCAUUAAAUCUUUUGAUGUUUUAGUCACAAGAGUUCACGACGUCUAUACAAACAGAAUUCUACAAGUUUUAAGUAGCAUGCAAAAAAUAACACUUUAUUCCCUACCGGAAGAUGAACCGUGGUCAGUUGAAGAGUUUCUACGAAAAACAAAGACUCAUUGUCAAAGCGUUGCACUGGAACUGAAUCGAAGGAGUUUGAUGGUGGAAGAAGCUGUUGAAGAAGUUUUGGAAUUAGUCAGAAAGGCUGGAGAAAAUUUUAAAGGAGAAACGACUAAUUUUGAUUUUAAUUUUGAUGCAUCUGGUCAAUAUGAAACUUCUUUAAAUACGCCAACGUCGGUUGGUUCACAACAACAACAACAACAGCAACAACAAGAUUGGUCUUUAAUUUGGGAAUGUUUUGAAAAUCCUCAAACACUUCUCGUGAAUUCUUCUGGAGGUUUAUCGAAAGGAAUGCAAGAAAUGGUUAAAAACGCCGUUGCGGAAAUGAGACGUUAUUAUAGUAGAAAAGUGGUGGAUGUUCUUAUUAAAGUCACUCGUCAGUCUUUAGAUUGUCUUCGAAAACGUUUUUAUACGGGGGAUUUACAAGAUCCCUCUCAUCCGAUUCGAAAAAAACCAGAGCCCGUAUUUAUAAUACAAGCUAUUCUUAUGAUUCCUAAUGUCACUAUAAAGCCAACUUUGGAAGAAAUUCAAGAAGCUUUAAUAUCUGCUGGAAAAUUCAUAACAAGUGUUUCAAAAGGUGUUGGUCAAUGGACCGGAGGAAAAGUACAAGCAGCUCCCGAUAGGAAACGUAGCUGGAAAAAAUUAGCUGGACAACAAAAUUUGGAUUUAAAAUCUAAAAUGAAGGAAUGUGAUUCGUCUAAAGUUGAAACACCAAAAGAACGUAGAAGACGUUUAUAUAAAUUUCAUUCAGAAGAAAAAUCACCUUUUCCCACUCAGGAAAAAAAUUUUUACAAUCACGUUAUGGAAAAUAAAGAAGUUGUUAAAACUUUAUCACUCCUAUCAACAUGCAUUCAAGACAUAAAAAAAGAAAUGAAUACAUUCAUGGCUAGAUGGAAUCCUUAUAAAAUAUUAUGGACCAACGAUCAUUCAAACAGAAAGGAUUUAUUAACUAUGACUCUACAAAAUUUUGAAUCAUUAUUACAAAAAUAUGGAGAACUUGAAAGCAAUCUUUCGAUAGAAAACGAUUUGUUUUAUUUAGGAUCGUGUUUGGUUGUAUCAACCGAUCGACUCAAGUUUGGUUUAUUAACCGAAGUUAAAUCUUGCACUCACAGAAUCGGACAAGCGUUGAAAAAAAAAUAUAGUCGCGAAAUGGAUUACGUGUAUGCUGUUAUUAAUGAAAUUGAUCGAAAAUUAGACAGACAAAUUCGUGAUCUUGAUGACGUAAGAUUAAUAAUGGAUACUUUGAAAAAAAUACGAGAGCAAGAAGUCGAUAUGGAACGUAAAAUAGAUCCUAUCGAAGAAGCUUUCAAUGUGGUUGCACGAUACGAAAUACCCCUGGAACAAAGUACCCUUGACCUUGUUGAAAAUCUACGGUACACAUGGCAAAAGCUUCAAAAUAGAGCUUUGGAAGUUAACGUGUCGCUUUUAAAUAUGCAACCUACUUUUGAAGCUGACCUUAAAAGGAAUUUAGAUGCAUUUAAACAAGACAACAUAGAUUAUUGUCACGAAUACAGAACGUCAGGACCUAUGAUGCCCGGUCUUACUCCAAGAGAAGCUUCUGAUAGAUUAAUUUUAUUUCAAAAUCGUUUUGAUGGAAUGUGGAGAAAAUUAAUGACGUAUCAAAGCGGAGAAGAAUUAUUUGGACUCCCACCCACUGAUUAUCCAGAAUUAGCACAGAUAAGAAAAGAAUUAAACCUCCUUCAAAAACUUUAUAAAUUAUAUAAUGAUGUUAUUGACGGAGUCAGCAGUUAUUACGAUAUACCGUGGGGAGAAGUUAAUAUAGAAGAAAUUAACAACGAGCUCAUGGAAUUUCAAAAUAGGUGUCGCAAACUUCCCAAAGGCCUUAAAGAAUGGCCUGCUUUUCAUGCACUCAAACGUACAAUUGAUGAUUUCAACGAUAUGUGUCCUUUACUUGAACUUAUGGCUAACAAAGCAAUGAAACCCCGUCAUUGGCAACGUAUAAUGGAAGUUACAAAUUUUGUUUUCGAUUUAGAAAGCGAAGGAUUUUGUUUAAAAAAUAUUUUAGAAGCGCCUUUGCUUAAAUAUAAAGAAGAUAUUGAAGACAUUUGUAUAUCCGCAAUGAAAGAAAAAGAUAUAGAAGCUAAACUUCGUCAAGUAACGAGCGAAUGGAGUGUUCACGAACUUACUUUUAUGACAUUCAAUAAUCGUGGAGAACUACUUUUGAGAGGUGACACAACAGCGGAAACCAUAGGUCAGUUGGAAGAUAGUUUAAUGGUAUUGGGAUCUCUUAUGUCUAACAGAUAUAAUGCUCCGUUUCGUAAACAAAUUCAACAGUGGGUCUAUGAUUUAUCCAAUACAAAUGACAUCCUAGAAAGAUGGUUGUUGGUUCAAAACAUGUGGGUUUAUUUAGAAGCUGUUUUUGUUGGCGGUGACAUUGCAAAACAACUACCGAAAGAAGCUAAACGAUUUAGUAAAAUCGAUAAAUCGUGGCAAAAAAUAAUGCAAAGAGCACACGAAACUCCAGGAGUUGUAAAUUGUUGCGUCGGUGAUGAUCUUCUUAAACAACUUUUGCCUCAUUUACAGGAGCAAUUAGAAUUAUGCCAAAAAUCACUUAGCGGGUAUCUUGAAAGAAAAAGAAUGAUGUUUCCACGAUUUUUUUUCGUAUCGGAUCCAGCAUUAUUGGAAAUACUCGGUCAAGCAUCCGAUUCUCACACCAUUCAAAAUCAUUUACUAUCUAUAUUCGAUAACACUCGUUACGUAAAAUUUCACGAUAUUGAGUAUAAUAAAAUGACGGCUAUUAUUUCAUCCGAGGGAGAACAAAUAUCAUUGGAGCGUGCUGUUAGAGCAGAAGGAAGUGUCGAAACAUGGUUGACGAAUUUACUUCAAACAGCUCAAUCUUCUCUUCAUUCAAUUAUCAGAACAGCUUAUACUAUGAUAAAUGAUUCUAAUUUUAAUUUGCUUUCAUUCUUGGAUAAAAUGCCUGCUCAAGUUGGUAUUUUAGGAAUACAAAUGAUUUGGACCAGAGAUGCGGAAACGGCUUUGAUGCAAGCAAGACAAGAUAAAAGAAUGAUGCCAGAAACAAAUAAUAAAUUUUUAGAUUUGUUAAAUACUCUUAUAGAUCAGACGACAAGAGAAUUAACUAAAAUUGACCGAAUCAAAUUUGAAACUUUAAUAACUAUUCAAGUUCAUCAAAGAGAUAUAUUCGACAUUUUGUGUCGAAUUAAUUUACGUUCACCAAAUGAUUUCGAAUGGUUAAAACAAUCACGAUUUUAUUUUAAAGAUGACGUUGAUAAAACUUGGAUAUCCAUAACCGAUGUGACAUUCGCUUAUCAAAACGAAUAUUUAGGUUGUACCGAAAGAUUAGUUAUAACACCUUUAACGGACAGAUGUUAUAUUACUUUGGCUCAAGCAUUGGCUAUGAGUAUGGGAGGAAGUCCGUGUGGGCCAGCAGGAACGGGUAAAACGGAAACUGUCAAAGAUAUGGGUAAAACUUUGGCUAAAUACGUAGUCGUUUUUAAUUGCUCGGAUCAAAUGGAUUAUCGAGGAUUAGGAAGGAUUUACAAAGGCCUUGCACAAUCAGGAUCAUGGGGAUGUUUUGACGAAUUUAAUCGUAUUGAAUUACCUGUGUUAUCUGUUGCUGCACAACAAGUUGCUGUUGUUUUAGGUGCUAAAAAAGAAAAAAAGAAAUCAUUUAUUUUUACCGACGGAGAUCAAAUCGAUCUUUGUCCCGAAUUUGGAAUAUUUAUUACAAUGAAUCCAGGUUAUGCGGGUAGAAAGGAAUUACCUGAAAAUCUUAAAAUUCAAUUUCGAACUGUUGCAAUGAUGGUACCGGAUCGUCAAAUAAUCAUUCGUGUAAAACUAGCCAGUUGUGGUUUUUUGGAAAACAUAACUUUGGCUCGAAAAUUUUACACACUUUAUAAACUUUGCGAAGAGCAGUUAACUAAACAAGUUCAUUAUGAUUUUGGAUUAAGAAAUAUUCUUUCCGUCCUUCGGAGUUUAGGAGCGGCAAAAAGAGUUAAUUCGAAAGAUUCCGAAAGCACGAUUGUCAUGAGAGUUUUAAAAGAUAUGAAUUUAUCUAAAUUAAUUGAUGAAGAUGAACCUUUGUUUAUGUCUUUGGUUGCUGAUUUAUUUCCAAAUAUGUCCAUAGAAAAAACAAUUUAUCCCAAUUUAGAAAAUGCCAUCAGUAAAAAAGUCGAAGAAGCCGGUUUGAUAUACCAUCCUCCUUGGGUGUUAAAACUCAUUCAGCUGUACGAAACACAACGAGUUCGUCAUGGAAUAAUGACUUUAGGCCCCACCGGAGCUGGAAAAACAACUUGCAUUCACACAUUAAUGCAAGCUUUAUCUGAAAUGGGAGAUCCUCAUCGUGAAAUGAGAAUGAAUCCGAAAGCCAUAACUGCUGCACAGAUGUUUGGUCGUUUAGACGUAGCCACAAAUGAUUGGACGGAUGGAAUAUUUUCGGCUUUGUGGAGGAAAACUUUAAAAAUGAAAAAAGGGGAUAAAAUUUGGCUUGUUUUGGAUGGUCCCGUCGACAGCAUUUGGAUAGAAAAUCUUAAUUCGGUUUUGGACGAUAACAAAACUCUUACGUUAGCCAACGGGGAUCGUCUCCCCAUGUCUCAAAAUUGUAAAAUUAUUUUCGAACCUCAUAAUAUUGAUAAUGCAUCACCAGCCACCGUUUCUAGAAAUGGAAUGGUAUACAUGAGUUCUUCUGGAUUAGAUUGGGAACCUGUAUUAGCAGCCUGGUUAAAAACUCGAAGUAAAAAAGAAUCUCAGGUAUUUUUACCGCUAUUCAAAGAAUCAUUUACUCUUGCUCAUAAUUACGUCACACAAAAUUUGACAAUGUGUAUGUCCGUACUUCAAUGUAACGUUAUUCUUCAGCUAAUAGAUUUACUGGAAGGUUUAGCACCGGUUCAAAUCGAUGAACCUAAUCCAGAAGAAUUACUUGAUAUGGAAAUAUCAAAAAAAGGACCCGCAGAAGAAGAAGAAGAAGGCGAAAAUGAAGUUCAAAAACAUUUAUCUCCCGAACAUUUGCACAGAUUAUUUUUAUUUUCAUUAGCCUGGUCAAUGGGAGCUCUUUUGGAUUCUCCAAGCGCCAUCAAGUUUAAUAAAUUUGUUAGGGAAAAAUUUACGUCUUUUGAUUGGCCAAAUUCGAGAUUAUAUCCCGAUGCUACCGUUUUUGAUUUUGUCGUUAAUUCUGAUGGGAAAUGGGAACACUGGAGUCGCAACGUUAAAGACUAUAAAUAUCCAGAAAGUACAACUCCAGAUUACAGCAGCAUACUUGUUCCCAUAAUUGAAAAUACAAGAAUGGAAUUUUUAAUAUACACAAUAGCACAUCAAGGAAAAGCGGUUUUAUUAAUGGGUGAACAGGGAUCUGCAAAAACGGUUAUGAUCAAGUCUUAUAUGAAAAGAGCUGGUACUGAAAAUUUCAUAGGAAGAUCGUUUAAUUUUUCUUCUGCUACCAGCCCUUAUCAGUUUCAGAAAACUAUUGAAAGUUUUGUAGAAAAGAGAAUGGGAAAUACUUUCGGUCCUGGAAAUGGGAAAAAAAUGAUUGUAUUCAUUGAUGACGUUAACCUUCCGCAAAUUAACGAAUGGGGAGAUCAAAUAACAAAUGAAAUUUUACGACAAGUCAUGGAUAUGAAAGGAUUCUAUAGUUUGGAAAAACCUGGAGAAUUUACAUCGAUAGUGGAUGUGCAAUUUUUAGCCGCCAUGAGCCAACCCGGUGGAGGUAGGAAUGAUAUUCCAUCGAGAUUAAAAAGACAAUUUUGCAUGUUUAACGUGUCCAUACCGAGCGACGGUUCAAUCGAUAAAAUAUUUAAACUUAUUGGAGAAGGUCAUUAUAAUUCAAAACGUGGUUUUAGUCUCGAAGUGAGAAAUUUAGUUAAAAAAUUAGUGCCCUUAACGAGAGAGCUGUGGCAGGAAACUAGAGCUUUCCUUCUUCCGACUCCGGCAAAAUUUCAUUACGUAUUCAGUCUCCGAGAAUUAUCCAGGGUUUGGCAAGGAAUGGUUGGAACUUUAAGCACGGUUUUCGACUCUGAAAAAAUUCUUUUGGUAUUAUGGAAACAUGAAUGCUGUCGCGUGUUUUCUGAUCGUUUUACCAUAUCAAAAGAUAAAAAUUGGUUUGAUUCAAUGAUGACAAAAAUUAUCGAAACCAAACUCGGAGUCGAAUAUAGAGAAAUGGCAGACAUUAAUCCUGUUUUCGUUGAUUUUAUGAGAGAUGCUCCAGAGCCAACGGGUGAAGAAGGAGAAGACGCCGAUAUGGAAUUACCGAAGGUUUACGAACCGGUUAUUAAUUUAAAUGAAUUACAAGAACGUUUGGACAUGUUUUUAUCUCAAUUUAAUGAAAUGGUUCGAGGUGCUGGAAUGGAUUUGGUAUUUUUUCCAGAUGCCAUGCUACACAUUGUCAGGAUUUCAAGAGUGAUACGUCAUCCGAAAGGAAACGUAAUGCUUGUUGGAGUUGGUGGUUCUGGAAAACAAUCAUUGACUAAAUUAGCAUCUUUUAUAGCGAGUUACAAAACAUUUCAAAUAACUCUUACGAGGUCUUACAAUUCGACAAACUUUUUAGAAGAUUUAAAAUUUUUGUACCGAACUUGUGGGGUCCAAGGAAAAGGUACAACUUUUAUUUUUACCGAUUUAGAUAUUAAAGAAGAAGGAUUUCUUGAAUAUUUAAAUAAUAUUUUAUCUUCUGGUGUCAUUUCAAAUUUAUUUAAUCGCGACGAACAACAGGAAAUAGUAUCGGAGUUAACACCCAUAAUGAAACGUGAAAAUCCUAAAAGAAGUCUUAAUACUGAAAUUAUCAUGGAAUAUUUUUUGUUUCGAACUUGUCAGAAUCUUCAUGUCGUUCUUUGUUUUUCUCCAGUCGGUGAAAAAUUUCGUACGAGGGCAUUAAGGUUUCCUGCCCUCGUAUCGGGAUGCACAAUUAAUUGGUUUCAUCCUUGGCCAGCAGAAGCUCUACGAUUGGUUGCUAAACAUUUCUUAACGGAUUUCGAUAUUGCUUGUACCAGCGAAGUCAAAAUAGAACUUGUCAAUGCCUUAAGUACGAUACAAGGAGCCGUUUCUUCAAUAUCAACGGAAUAUUUUCAAAGAUUUCGUCGAGCAACUCACGUGACUCCAAAAUCAUAUUUAAAUUUUAUCGGAGGUUAUAAAAAUAUUUAUCAAGCUAAACAGCAAGAAUUGGGAGAAGGAGCACAAAGAAUGGAAACGGGUUUACGAAAAUUAGACGAAGCAUCUAAAUCGGUUGAAAUUUUAAAAAAAGAAUUGGCUGUAAUGGAACAAGAAUUAGCUCAUGCUUCGAAAAAAGCUGAAAGAGUACUGACAGAAGUGACCGAUAGAGCCAUGCAAGCAGAAACGGUAAAAAAUCAAGUAAUGAAAGUCAAAGAAAAAGCAGAAGCUUUAGUUGCUUACAUAGCUAGUGAAAAAGCUUUGGCCGAAGAAAAGUUAGAAGCAGCAAAACCGGCAUUGGAAGAAGCAGAAGCGGCUUUAAAUACAAUUAAACCGGCUCACAUUGCAACCGUGAGAAAACUUGGUAGACCACCACAUUUAAUUAUGAGGAUAAUGGAUUGCGUUUUAAUACUUUUCCAAAGAAAACUUCAUGCCGUUAUUGGAGAUGCAAGUUGUCCAUGUCCUAAACCCUCGUGGGCAGAAUCUUUAAAAAUGAUGGCUAGUACGACGUUUUUACUACAACUUCAAAAUUAUCCAAAAGAUAUAAUUAAUAAUGAAAUGGUGGAACUUUUAAUGCCUUAUUUCGAAAUGGAAGAUUAUAAUAUGGAUACAGCCAAAAGAGUUUGCGGUGACGUUGCUGGACUAUUAUCAUGGACGAAAGCUAUGGCUUUUUUUCACAGCGUCAAUAAAGAAGUUUUGCCUUUAAAAGCUAAUUUAUCUCUGCAAGAAGCACGAUUAAAAAUAGCCAUGGAUGAUUUGUCUCGAGCCGAAAAAGAAUUAGAAGAUCGAGAAUUAGCUUUACAACAGGUAAAAGAUCAAUACGAUGCAGCCGUAAUGGAAAAACAAAGGUUGACAGAUGCAGCUUCCAUUUGCUUGCGGAAAAUGACGGCGGCUACUGCUCUAAUAAAUGGAUUAGGCGGUGAGAAAAUUCGAUGGACUGAACAAAGUAAAGAAUUUAAAGCUCAAUUGGGAAGGUUGGUCGGAGAUGUACUUCUUGCAACUGGAUUUCUAUCGUAUUGCGGACCCUACAAUCAAGAAUUUCGUUCGAAUUUAGUCAAUUCGUGGAUGACGCACCUUCAGGAACGUUGCAUACCUUUUACUCAAAAUCUGAACAUAACAAAUAUGCUCGUGGACAACGCUACAAUAUCCGAAUGGACUCUGCAAGGAUUACCCAACGAUGAAUUAUCCGUUCAGAAUGCUUUAAUUGUAACUAAAUCUAGUUCUUAUUCACUUUUAAUCGAUCCUCAAAGUCAAGGUAAAAUGUGGAUUAAAAAUAAAGAAGCAGAAAACGAAUUGCAGAUAACGUCUUUAAACCACAAAUAUUUCCGUACUCAUUUAGAGGAUAGUUUAUCAUUAGGACGACCUCUUCUUAUCGAAGAUGUCGGAGAAGAGCUCGAUCCGGUUAUUGAUAACGUUCUCGAGAAAAAUUUUAUUAAAUCGGGUUCGAUUGAAAAAGUAGUCGUUGGAGACAAAGAGUGUGACGUAAUGCCUGGAUUUAUGCUUUACAUCACGACAAAACUACCAAAUCCAGCGUAUUCGCCCGAAAUCAGUGCAAAAACUUCAAUAAUUGAUUUUACGGUUACGAUGCAAGGUUUAGAAGAUCAAUUGCUCGGUAGAGUUAUUCUAAUGGAAAAAUCCGAUCUCGAAGCGGAAAGAGUUCAACUCUUCGAAUCUGUGAUGAAAAAUCAAAAAACAAUGAAAGAAUUAGAAAGCAAUCUUCUAUGCAGGCUUACGUCAACUGAAACAUCCUUUGUCGACGACGAAACUCUUAUUCAAGUUUUACAAGAGACAAAAAGUACAGCAGAAGAAGUUAAUCAAAAAUUAAAAGUUGCUGCAUCGACGGAGAAAAAAAUUACAAUUGCGAGAGAAGAAUUUCGUGCUGUCGCUGCCAGAGGUUCCGUCCUUUAUUUUUUAAUUGUCGAAAUGAGUUACGUAAACGUCAUGUAUCAAAAUUCGUUGAAACAAUUCUUAAACCUUUUCGACAAUUCAAUCACGAAAUCCACAAAAUCUCAAGUUACGGAAGAAAGGAUCGAUAUUAUAUUGCAAUAUUUAACACACGAAGUUUGGACGUUCACAUUGAGAAGCCUUUACGAACGUCAUAAAUUAUUAUUUACGCUCAUGUUAGCCAUGAAAAUUGACGUUCAAAAAGGUUUAAUAACUCACGAAGAAUUUUUAACAUUUAUAAAAGGCGGUGCUUCGUUGGAUUUAAAUGCAGUUCAACCGAAACCUUUCAAAUGGAUAUUAGAUAUAACUUGGUUAAAUCUUGUAGAAAUAAGUAAAUUAAAAGUUUUCAACGACGUACUCAUAAAAAUAGAAAACAGCGAAAAAGAAUGGUUAAAUUGGUAUGAAAAAGAAAAACCGGAAGAGGAAGAUAUACCAUGCGGUUAUCAAAAAUCCUUGGACGUUUUCAGAAAAUUACUUUUGAUUCGUUCGUGGAGUCCAGACCGAACACUUUCUCAAGCGCGAAGAUAUAUAAGUGAAUCACUUGGGAAAAGAUAUGCAGAAGCUUGCAUUCUUAAUUUGGAAGCAACUUGGUCUGAAUCCGAGCCUCGGACGCCAUUGGUUUGCAUAUUAUCAAUCGGUUCGGAUCCUUCUCCUCAAAUAAUCAAUUUAUCAAAAGUCAAAGAAGUUCCCGUUCGUUGCGUUUCUAUGGGUCAAGGUCAAGAACUACAUGCGAGACGUCUUAUUUUUGAUUGUAUGACCAGCGGUGGUUGGGUUCUUUUACAAAAUAUUCAUUUAUCCUUACCAUUUUGCAACGAAGCUAUGGAUGCUUUAGUAGAAACUGAAGUCAUACACGAAACAUUUCGAUUGUGGAUGACAACAGAAGUUCAUACUCAGUUUCCGAUCGGUUUGUUACAAAUGGCGAUAAAGUUCACUAACGAACCACCUCAAGGAAUACGUGCAAGUUUAAAAAGAACUUAUCAAAAUAUAACGCAGGAUACGUUAGAUUAUUCGUCUCAACCCCAAUGGCCACCUUUGCUUUACGCUGUUGCAUUUUUACACACCGUGGUUCAAGAGAGAAAAAAAUUUGGUCCGCUCGGUUGGAACAUACCCUACGAAUUCAAUCAAGCCGAUUUUGCUGCGAGUGUACAAUUUAUACAAAAUCAUUUAGACGACAUGGAUCCUAAAAAAGGAAUUUCUUGGCCGACCGUAUGUUACAUGCUCGGCGAAGUUCAAUAUGGUGGUCGAGUAACCGACGAUUACGACAAACGUCUUUUAACAACGUUUACUCACGUUUGGUUUUGCGACGUUCUUCUUCGUCCCGGAUUUGAAUUUUAUAAAAAUUACAAAGUUCCCAUAACUCGAAAUUUAAAUGUUUACGUUGACUACAUAAAUAAUUUACCUUUGACCGACAGUCCGGAAGUAUUCGGUCUUCACAGCAAUGCAGACAUAACGUAUCAAAUCAACACGGCGAGUUGCAUAUUGGAUACAAUAUUAAAUGUUCAACCUAAAGAAGGAGGUUCGUCGGGAGGAGAAACACGAGAAAAUACAGUUUAUAAAUUGUGUGAUGACAUGUUGGAAAAAUUACCCAUUCAGUACAAUAAUUACGAGGUAAAAGAAGCUUUACAAAAAAUGGGAGCCUUAUUACCGAUGAAUAUAUUUUUACGUCAGGAAAUCGAUAGAAUGCAAAAAGUAUUAAUUGAAGUAAGGACAACGCUUUGCGAUUUAAAACUUGCCAUCGAUGGUACAAUCGUUAUGAGUCAAUCGUUAAGGUUAGCUUUGGAUGCGAUGUACGAUGCCAGAAUACCCGGUCGUUGGCUUAAGAUAUCUUGGGAAUCUGCCACGCUCGGAUUUUGGUACACUGAAUUAUUAGAAAGAGACGCCCAGUUCAGACGCUGGUGUAACAAUGGCCGUCCAUAUUCAUUUUGGAUGACUGGCUUUUUUAAUCCGCAAGGAUUUUUAACUGCCAUGAGACAGGAAGUGACGCGUGCUCACAAGGGUUGGGCAUUGGAUUCCGUCGUCCUACAAAAUCUCGUAACGAAACACAACAAAGAAGAUUUACACGAUUCGCCACCGGAAGGAGUUUACGUUUACGGUUUAUUCUUAGAAGGAGCUGCUUUGGAUCGUAAAACUGGAAAAUUAAUCGAAAGCCGACCGAAAGUCCUUUACGAACCGAUGCCCGUUAUAUAUAUUUAUGCAAUUAGCAGUACGGCGGGAAAAGAAUGCAGAGUUUACGAGUGUCCGAUAUAUAGAAAACCACAGAGAACGGAUCAAAAAUACGUUGGGUCAAUCGAUUUUGAAACGGAUACAAAUCCACGCCAUUGGACAUUAAGAGGUGUUGCAUUACUUUGUGAUAUUAAAUAA